GUUUGCGCAGGCGCCCACGGAAAUGGGCCUCAGGAAGCGGAAGUCCCGCCUCUGUGUCGCUCUCUCUGAGGAAGGCAGAAGCAACGCGGAGGAAACGGUAGUGACUUGAGAGUGCGGCCACCACCAUCGCCAACAUGAGCCUCCUCAACAAGCCCAAGAGUGAGAUGACCCCGGAGGAGCUGCAGAAGCGGGAGGAGGAGGAGUUUAACACAGGGCCACUCUCCGUGCUCACCCAGUCGGUCAAGAACAACACCCAAGUGCUCAUCAACUGCCGCAACAACAAGAAGCUCCUGGGCCGUGUGAAGGCCUUCGACAGGCACUGCAACAUGGUGCUGGAGAACGUGAAGGAGAUGUGGACCGAAGUCCCCAAGAGCGGCAAGGGCAAGAAGAAGUCCAAGCCAGUCAACAAGGACCGCUACAUCUCAAAAAUGUUCCUGCGCGGGGACUCGGUCAUUGUGGUCCUGCGGAACCCGCUCAUUGCCGGCAAGUAGGGGCCUCCUCCCCGCCGUCAGAACUUGCCCCCUCGUUUUGCGAAGACCUGCCCUUUGUGCUGGGAACAAUAAAGUUGUGUGUUUUUUCUAGUG